GGUUAUUUUCUUUGCUAGCUCAUGUUCAACUUGGAGUUGGUGAUCGUCAGAAAAACGAAAACAAAAUCYAUCACACGACGAAAGAUUUUAGUAGUGCCUAUCGUCAUCAGUUGAGAGAGAAACCUUUCUUCAUCGUUCGCUUUUCGACUGURSCUUCCGCCUCACUGCACUUGUUCAUAACAACCAACAUCCAAUACAAUUCAAAUAUAGAUACGAUGAAGUUUUCCGCCGGAGUCACCGCCAUGAUGGCCGCCACCACUGUUGGAGGGGCAUUCGCUUUCGCUCCCGCCAAGGUCACUGGAACUGCCUCUGCUCUUUCCAGCACCGCCACUGAAACUUACACCUUUACCAAGAGUGAAGAGAUUUUCAAGGAAGCUCUCGAUGUACGUAUCGGACAAUUGAAAAUCUAGAAGRAGUUGAUCUCCGCUUUCAUGCGAAGUUCUUAUUUUCAUCGUAGUUUUSUUGCCGCCACAGAAGCGUAGAAUCCGUCGAUUUCGAAUUGAACACUGAUAUUGCGUCAAAGAGCUUAGUACUCACUCAAACUCUUGCAUCUCCUGAAAUGUCGAAAAAAAUUAGUUGAUGCCUGGUGGUGUUUCUUCCCCCGUGCGUGCAUUCAAGUCCGUCGGAGGAAAUCCGGUCGUAUUUGAUCACGUGAAGGGUGCCUAUGCCUGGGAUGUCGAUGACAACAAGUACAUCGAUUACGUCGGAACCUGGGGACCUGCCAUUCUUGGACACGCUGACGAUGAUGUUUUGGAAGCCGUAUCCAAGACUAUGGCAAAGGGAACUUCGUUCGGUGCUCCAUGCCCUCUCGAAAACGAGUUGGCCAAGGCCGUCAUCGACGCUGUCCCUUCUGUUGAAAUGGUUCGUUUCACCAACUCUGGUACCGAGGCCUGCAUGGGAAUGAUCCGUUUGGUCCGUGCCCACACCGGACGCGAAAAGGUAAUCAAGUUCGAGGGAUGCUACCACGGACACGCCGAUGCCUUCCUUGUACAAGCCGGAUCUGGUGUUGCCACCUUGGGUCUCCCGGACUCUCCUGGUGUCCCUUCGGCCGCCACCAAGGCCACCUUCUGCGCAGAAUACAACAACAUUGACUCUGUGAAGGCUAUUUUCGAAGAAAACAAGGAUGAGAUCGCAGCUGUCAUUCUCGAACCCGUUGUCGGAAACUCCGGAUUCAUCAAGCCUACCAAGGAAUUUUUGCAGGGAAUCCGUGAAAUGUGUGACGCUAACGGAUCCCUCCUUGUUUUCGACGAGGUCAUGACCGGAUUCCGUGUUUCCUACGGAGGUGCCCAAGAAUAUUUCGGUGUCACACCCGAUGUUACUACCAUGGGUAAGGUUAUUGGAGGUGGACUCCCCGUCGGUGCGUACGGUGGACGCAAGGACAUCAUGCAACAGGUUGCUCCUGCUGGACCUAUGUACCAAGCCGGUACCCUCAGCGGAAACCCAUUGGCCAUGACUGCUGGUAUCGAAACAAUGAAGAAGCUAUCCCAGGAUGGUGUCUACGACGAACUUGAACGCAAAUCCAAGAUGCUCGUCGAAGGAAUCAUGGAAGCCGGAAAGAAGCACGGACACUCCAUCCAGGGAGACUGGGCCGGAGGUAUGUUCGGAUGGUAUUUCUCCGAAGAAAAGGURAAGAACUUCGCCGAAGCUGCUAAGAGCGAUGGAGAGAAAUUCGGCAAGUGGCACCGAGCCAUGUUGGAACGAGGUGUCUACCUUGCUCCUUCCAUGUACGAAGCUGGUUUCAUGUCGAUGUCACACACUGAUGAAGACAUUGAGAAGACAAUCGCAAUCGCUGACGAAGUUCUUUCUCAACUGUAAAUUGUGGGCCCCAUGAAGAAAGAAAACUUAAUUAUUAUWAUAUCAUCUUUUAAAUUUUUUAAGAAACACUGAAAUUUUAU